AUGGACAUCAGAGCAUGGGAGCGGCGUUCUUCCGCGUUGGAGGGGUCCCCAUAUGAUGUUGGGUACGAUAUGCAAGAAGAGGACGAGGGCUAUUAUGACGAUGCGGGGGAACCUGUCUCUCGUGCUGAAUAUGAGGAGCUGCUUUUCAGCAGAGUCCUUGACAAGAUCCGAGUAGCGCGUGCAGUGGGCAACCCUGACGUGCAGCUCAGUCCGGAGGAGCUUGAAGCAUACCAAUCGAGACUGUAUGGCGCCAGAUCACCCACAACGCGGUCACAACCAAAGUCUCCUCGAAUGGACGAUACAGCCAGCGUACACAGCGUCAACACCAGUCGCCCUGGCCACUCGAGUUCAAGCAAAUCAAAGUCAAAGAAGGGCGAGCCGCGAAGCUCAUUGUUCAGCUCCAAGCCAAAAAAGGAAAAGCGCUCUGAACGCCAUAGGACUGUCUCCAAUGUAUCGAGCGGCUCGAGUCAAAUUGCACCUGGCUUUGUCAUACCUGGACCAGACGGGCAGCGGAUAUAUACUCCCAUCAAUGCAUACCAGGGCAGUCUGGCACGGGAUCCCGAUCAUCGAUCCCAACCAGGCUCUCGUUCGGUAUCUGGUAGCAGUCAGGCGCAUGGCGGUUACCCUCACAGCAUCGCUCCAAGUGAGAUCGCAAGGGACAUCCCUGGGGCAUUUUCCGGAUUUGCAACUCCUGCGCACUCGUAUCGUUCGACUUCUCCUUCACGACAGGGGCGUUCCACAACGCUUCAGCAAUCGGCUCAAGAAUCCAACGGAUCUCGUGUUCGCUCGCCCUCGAUACAGACUGCCAAUCUCGUCCCAUUUCCAAUCGAGCCAUACCAAUACCAAAGCUUCAGUCCGACGUCCUCGUCCUCUCAGCCUUCGCCGCAGCUUCAAUACACGCGCAGACCAAGUGCUCCGGCUUCCGAGGCUAGUUACACCUCAAUGCCGCGCCGUGUCCCUGUGCCAGGACAGCCCGCAAUAGCCGUCGGCAACAGUCAUUUCGAUGCCUCUCCUACCCAAGCAUCUUAUCCGAGCCCAGCGGUUGAGGUUGUUCCCGAGCCGGUGUCAGUACAGCCUGCUAAAGCUAGCGGAAGCGGUAAAGAUGGGGAAAGGCGCCGUAAAGGUGGUAAGAGCAAGAAGAGGACGUAA